CCAAGCAAUGUUGUAGCCGUCUCAUCUCUACAUUAAAACCACCUGAACCAGAAUACCUAUCGAUCUUAUUCUUAUUCCAAUGGACCACACGGAUAAAACAUGGUGUCAGAGUACUUUUGGUGCUAUUUAAAGUGACUUUCACAUAAGGAUGUAUGAGGAUUUAUAAACUUUUGUCAUCACCCUCUGGAAAAAGACUUGACUCUUGCUGAGAACAAUAGAUUCCAACAUGGCUGCCAUGAAAAGGGGUGGAUCCUGGAAAAAAAGUUAAUUUUAAUCCGAAUUCAGCAAAUGGAAUAGGAAAACGAUAGUACGAACGGAAAUAACUAUAACAUUCCGAAAAUGAGGAGAUCCAGCCGGAGGGCGCAAAGUUCAUCUUUCGAUGUUCCAUCUUAUCAAGAUUUUUUGGAGAAAGGAACUGAUUCAGCAGGAUUCAAAAGGCGAUAUAUUGGCGAGUAUAUCGGAUGGGGUGUCUUCGCUACUAAGAAACAUCUGAAAGGCUCAUUCCUUCUCAUGUACCAUGGAGUUUUGAUAAAAGAAGAUGAAGCAAGGCGCAGAGAGAAAAGCUACGACAAAACCAAGAAAGGAUCUUUCAUGUUUUACUUCAAACAUAACACGAGCACGUUAUGUGUGGAUGCAACUAAAGACGACGGUACCUUAGGAAGGUUAGUUAAUGAUGCCUGGAGAGGAGCAGCCAACUGUUCAAUGAAGAAGGUUUCAACAGAAAAAGGGAGUCCAGCUCUAUGCCUAUUCGCUAACCGCGAUAUAGAAAUUGGCGAAGAGCUGCGAUACGACUACGGGGUGGACGAUCUGCCAUGGAGACAACAAAAGAAUGCUGCAACUCGUUCAUUCCCUGAACUGGAUGUGAAACAAAUUGAUAAAUCAGACGCAGUUCAAAGGCCUGUUGGUGAAAUAAGGACAACACCACCUGAUGAGAUGGAUAAUGAAAUUAACCCUGGCACAUCUGUUGCAAUCACAACCUCGGAAGUUUUACACCUUGAAAAACAUGAACAUGGAACCAAGGAGUCAGAUGAAGGUGAAACCAAGGAGUCCAGGAAAAACCUUGUUAUGGACGAUUUCCACCACCAGAUGUGUGCAGAGAAUGCUAAAGUGAGGAAUACAAGCUUAUGCAUGAAGAAAUGUGCCAAGGAGAGCAGUGCGGACAUGUCAGGACCCUCUGAAUCGAGCAAUUGCAAGCAUAUGAAAAGGAAGGGAAAAUACGCCGGAGAGGACGUUGCAAACAAAAAGAAAAGAGGUACCAAUGCUGACAUUAGACAUGCUAAUGGAACAAAAACGAUGGAAAAACAAUGUAAGAAAGUGAAGCCGCCACCAUCCCAGAUAACCUCCACGAAGCACGAGGGAUCCUAUUCAGUCAUCAAGAAUUUGAACAGAGACCAUGCAGCAACUCUAGAGAAGCAAGAAAUUCAUUCACCCAGGACCCCCGAUUUAUCUGUCCAGCCACAGAAAAACAUUUGCCCAUUCAUCGAGAAAAAGGAACAUUAUUCAGGAACUACGGCAGCUACGGUCCAUAUCAUAUCAGGGAGCAGAGAACUUCUACCAAUAAAAGAUGCUGGAGAGCAAGUUGCAAGCAAGGGGCAAUACUCCAAAAGGAUCUGUUUAGACUCCUCAAAACUGGCUGAAGCAGGGAAUUGCAAGCUGACUAAAAGGACGGGGAAACGUAAGAAAGUGAAGCCGCCACCAUCCCAGAUAACCUCCACGAAGCACGAGGGAUCCUAUUCAGUCAUCAAGAAUUUGAACAGAGACCAUGCAGCAACUCUAGAGAAGCAAGAAAUUCAUUCACCCAGGACCCCCGAUUUAUCUGUCCAGCCACAGAAAAACAUUUGCCCAUUCAUCGAGAAAAAGGAACAUUAUUCAGGAACUACGGCAGCUACGGUCCAUAUCAUAUCAGGGAGCAGAGAACUUCUACCAAUAAAAGAUGCUGGAGAGCAAGUUGCAAGCAAGGGGCAAUACUCCAAAAGGAUCUGUUUAGACUCCUCAAAACUGGCUGAAGCAGGGAAUUGCAAGCUGACUAAAAGGACGGGGAAACGUAGUAAAUUGGAGCAGAAUACUGCUGUCGGACCAAGCUCAGUCCAUGAAAGGGCUCUAUUGCCAAAGCACUCCAGUCGCCCUGAUCAGGCGCAGAUACCCCUUACCCCAGUCCUGAAGAAAAAGGAGGAUGCAUCUGGAACUACGAAGGCUUAUGUUAGAACUACAGAGGUCUCCAUCGCGUCUGAAAGAACGAUAGUCGUGCAGCCAAAAAAAUGUAAGAAAGUAAAGCCGCCACCAUUCCAGACGACGUCCACAAAGGAGGAUGGGUCCUGUUCAGCCCUGAUAGAAACAAAAAGGAAGGGUGGAGCACGGCUAGAGAAGGAGGAAAUCAUUCAACCACCAAGGACCCCUGAAAAAGGGAAACUUAUGACUACGGGAGCUCGGAUGAUAUCAGCGACAAGCGAUUCCCCUAAGAAAAGUAGUAAAUUGGAGCAGAAUACUGCUGUCGGACCAAGCUCAGUCCAUGAAAGGGCUCUAUUGCCGAAGCACCCCAGUCGCCCUGAUCAGGCGCAGAUGCCCCUUACCCCAGUCCUGAAGAAAAAGGAGGAUGCAUCUGGAACUACGAAGGCUCAUGUUAGAACUACAGAGGUCUCCAUCGCGUCUGAGAGAACGAUAGUCGUGCAGCCAAAGAAAUGUAAGAAAGUGAAGCCGCUAGCAUUUCAGAAAACGUCCACAAAAGAGGAUGGACCCCGUUCCACCGUGAUAAAAACGAAAAUAAAGGAUAAUGUACGGCUAGAGAAGGAAGAAAUCAUUCAAUCACCGAGGACCCCUGAAAAAAGGAAACUUAUGACUACGGGAGCUCGGGUGAUAUCCGUGACAAGCGAUUUCCCUAAGAAGAGUAAGAAAGUAAAGCCGCCACCAUUCCAGACGACGUCCACAAAGGAGGAUGGACCCCGUUCCACUGUGAUUAAAAUGAAACUGAAGGAUGGAGCACGGCCAGAGAAGGAAGAUAUCUUUCAAUCAUCAAGGACCCCUGAAAAAAGGAACCCAAUGACUACGGGAGCUCGGGUGAUAUCAGCGACAAGCGAUUCCCCUAAGAAAAGUAAGAAAGUAAAGCCGCCACCAUUCCAGACGACGUCCACAAAGGAGGAUGGAUCGUGUUCAGCCCUGAUAAAAACGAAAAGGAAGGGUGGAGCACGGCUAGAGAAGGAGGAAAUCAUUCAAUCACCAAGGACCCCUGAAAAAAGGAAACUUAUGACAACGGGAGCUCGGAUGAUAUCAGCGACCGGCGAUUCCCCUACGAAAAGUAUGAAUGCCAAACUACCAAAACGCCUGGACGGAGCUACCAAGGGCAAUGCUUCAGGAAUGAGGAAUGCUACCACCGUCCACAUGACUAAGGUCCACACUUCUCACUAUUACAUGGCGCCGGAGAUAUCAGCAGUUGUGCAACCAACGCUUAUGAAAUGUACAGAUAUCAAACCAUCACUUACCACACAGGGUAAUACCGAUUUCAAAAAUCAAAACAACAAUGUCAAAUCCUGUUCAGCACAGGACAUUGCUCUGUUACAAAAGAAAAGAAAAGCAUCUGCCCAAGCACAGAGACCCAAUGCCCCAAAGAAAAGGAAAGAGGUACCGGAAUCAACAGAGAAUUCGGCUAAUAUCCGCACUCAUCAAGUCCCCAUUUCACCCGAAAUGUCAGCUGAUGUGCAACAUAAAAAGAAAUAUGCUAAAGUGAAGGUUGCGAGCAAAGGACAAUGUUCCAAAGGGAUCAGUGCAGACGCUUCAAGGCCCGCUGAAACGGGAAAGUCCAUGCGCACCAAAAGGUCGAAGAAAUAUGCCGAACAGGAUGUUGAAAGCAAAAAGGGGAGAAUCAACGAGUCUCGUAAUACCCAUCAGUCUAAACGAACUGAUAAGACAGAAAAACAAUUUGAUGCUCUUAUGCAGCCAAGGGUUGUGAAUCUACUAGGAAGCGUCACUGAUGGUUCUACUAUUGAUGAUGUGGGCAGCCAGCAACAAAUGAAGGAGAUGGACAGCAGGCAACAAAUGACUUAUCAUUUCGAAGAAACUGCCGAGAAAGUUUAUGCUGUAAUGCAGCCAGUUGUUGUGGAUUUGUGUAGGAGCUCUGACGGUUCUUCUUUAGAGACUGAUGUUAUAUAUCCAAUUGUCACCUCUACCCAUGCCAAAAGACAAUGCGGAAGUGAAGACUGUACCAUCGAUUGUCCGAUCAUCACCUCUACCCCUGCCAAAGGACAAUGCGGAAGUAAUGAAUUUACCAUCGAUACAACAGCUAACAAGGCCUUUUGCAAUCAGGACGAGAGUAGCCGACUGAUGGCAUGUAUCUUGGAGGAAACCACGGAGAAAGAUACUUACACGUGCGGGGGAUGCAAGAGAACCUUUAACGACUUAGAUAGAUUCAUAGCACACAAGCAUACGCUGUGUAGGGGUGAUAGCAAAAACGUUCCAAGUAUUGUCUUGAAAGAAGAGAAGAGCGCUGACGAGGGUACAAGGCAACCAACUCAAGAAAACACGCAUCUGCUGUCAUGGGUGGAGAGGAGUCAGCCUGAUGGUCAGGAAGGAAUGACAAAUCUGCAAUUAUUUGUGGGAAGAGGCCAGCCAGAUGGCCAGGAACGAACUGAGAAAAAAGGUCACACCACUGCAAGUGGGGGAGAUUGUCAUGACGACGGAGAUUUUGUUUGCAUGCGAUCCUUCCAGUUGCAAGUGUCAUUUGAAGAUGAAGAUGAUUCAAUUAUUGGGCAAACCGAGCACGAAUCUAAUGAGGGGCGUAUAUUGCAGGAAUUAACAGAUGAAAAUGCAGAUCGACACUCAACAAAGGGGGCUGGGGGUCUAGUGCAGGAGCCAACAGAGGAAGAUGCUGAUAAAAAAUCAACUGUGGGGAGUCUAGUACAGGAGCCAACAAAGGAAGAUUCUGAUCGACAAUCAAUUGAGGCGAGUCUAGUGCACGAGUCAACAGACGGAGAUGCCGAACAACAAUCAACAGAUGGGUCAAAAGAUGGGAGUCUAGUGCAGGAGUCAACAGACGGAGAUGACGAUCGACAAUCAACAGAGGGGUCAAAAGAUGGGAGUCUAGUGCAGGAGUCAACAGACGGAGAUGACGAUCAACAAUCAACAGAUGGGUCAAAAGAUGGGAGUCUAGUGCAGGAGUCAACAGACGGAGAUGCCGAACAACAAUCAACAGAGGGGUCAACAGAUGGGAGUCUAGUGCAGGAGUCAACAGACGGAGAUGACGAUCAACAAUCAACAGAUGGGUCAAAAGAUGGGAGUCUAGUGCAGGAGUCAACAGACGGAGAUGCCGAACAACAAUCAACAGAGGGGUCAACAGAUGGGAGUCUAGUGCAGGAGUCAACAGACGGAGAUGACGAUCAACAAUCAACAGAGGGGUCAACAGAUGGGAGUCUAAGGGGUCAAAAGAUGGGAUUCUGA